AUGGGUGCCACCGUGGCGAGGCAAACGGAUUGGCUGCUCUUUGGCCCAGUCACUCGGGUUCUGGUCAUGAACCCAGCAUGCGAGUUCUUUGUGGAGCUUGAGAAGUCACCUUCCCAGCGAUUGGUUCGCCUUCUUCAGAGCGAAUGUGCACCAAGAAUAUCGCCAGCUUGCCUUCGGCAGCAGGGAAGACCUUCAUUUGAGAGAGUGAUUUCAUUGGAAAAGGCCGUGGUAACAGGCAUAAAUGGUGGGCACGUCCAUGUCGCCUCCUCGGAGUGUCCACCAUGGCGUCCACUCUUUCAGACGUAUUACCUGGAUGUUGAUGCCCUGGUUCUAAUGCUCGACAUCAGCUCGGACCGAAUGCCAUCGGAGCCUGGGAAGUUUGAAAGUGCGAUCGCCCAAGAUGUCGAGGGUGUUAGGAAGUUCCUUGGCAAGUUUGACGACUGGGAAGCAUGCCCACUUCUGAUAUUGUGCCAUGCGACGGGCACAGAGUCUGCGGCCUUCGAUGCAGAGCGCUUCCGAGGCGAGAUCGGAAAGUGCGAGUUGCGACAGCUACCGAAUCGAGUGCGUCACUUUUCAUGGAGCUCCCCGUCUCUCUUACCGGAGCUGCGAGAGGACCUGGCUUGGCUGGUCACCGCCAAGGAGUCCAUGAAAAGAAGCUGA